UUUAUCGACAUCUAAAUGUAAUUUUCUAGAGGAUUGCCCAUCCCAAUAUAUAAUGGCAAAUUAAGGCAAGCCCCAAAGUUUAAAUAAAAGCCAACUAAAGAUCAGAUUAGGCCCAGUUGACGUUGGAACUUCACACGAAGCCCAAUUUAGACAAUGGUGAGGGAAAAGCAUGCACUUCGGCCCAAAAACUGGUUCAUCUCCAACUUAAAGAACUAUUUGGAGGAGACCACAGUCCACGGUUUCCGAUACGUUGUCACGGGCAUCAAUGCAGCCGAGCGCUUCUUUUGGAUCCUGUGUAUCGCUCUAGGGUUCAGCGGUGCUUUUCACAUGGUGAACAGGUCCCUAGAGGAAGGCAGAAAUAAUCCCAUUGUGACCACCAUCGACACUAUUCCAAUCACAAGGGUGCCCUUUCCAGCUGUUUCUAUUGACGCGGUAGAGUACUUGAACCCAUGGGGAUUUAUAACAAAGCUAUAUAACCAAGUGGACUUUGAAUGUUACAAGAACUUCAAAAAUUGCACCCAUGCUCAAGCAGUUCGCAAAGACUUUCGACCUGUGAUCGAGGCCGUGAUCCGUUCUUUGAUUCGAAACGUUCAAGAUGAUUUGAAAGAUUGUACACUCGUGGAUCUGGAGCGCUAUAUUUAUAACAAACAAAUAUUAAGAAAGGGACUUCAUAAGAUAUAUAGCUCAUCCGUUGCCAUUCUAGCCGCACUAAAGAUGAUUAAUCCACGUGGUUUUAACGAAGCCAAAGCCGAAGUUAUUAGCCUUGGAGUGGACUCCUUUGCUAAAUAUAAUGUUCAGAAAUAUGCUUCACACUUUGGGAAGCCUUUUCAUGACAUGCUGGAGGCCAAAAGAGAGAAAUAUAACAUCACGCAAGCAAUGGUGGACCAAUGCACCCCUGGACCUGAAUCUAACACAACUUGUUCCAAGUCCCUUUUCACGGCGCACUUAACCCUGUAUCCUCCAAUAGAUGUUCAUGGAAUUCCUUACUACCGAAUGGGAUUCGGCGACUUUCUUAAGGAGUUUAUCACGCCUGUCGUUGUAAACAAUGUUGUUAAGGGUGAAAAGGAGUUCUUGGGGAGAAAAUAUCCACCCAAGCAUGAGCUUGAACUCAACGACCUUUUUACUCAGGCCUUGUCACUUAACUCAGAUGAGGAGAUGGUAAUGUCUCCGUUCGAAAUGACGUAUGCCGUGAGCCCUAGAAUUCAAGAAUUUAAAGACGACUACAUUCAGGUUCCGCGACUCCAAGCCAAAUAUGAUUGCAACGAAAUAGACUAUUUCAGAACGUGGGAAGCCUGGACAAGAAAACAUAAGUCAAAGCAUCCCUCAACAAGUCCCCCUUGCACCAACGCCACAGAGGCUAAAAGGAAUCAUAUCCAAGGAUGUUGCCGCCUUCGAGAGGAGCUUCAGUCAAGGAUGUCCACCAUUCUGAAGGUCAUGAGCUACGCCAUUCAACCUCCCAGUUUGUUUACCCCCAUCAAUGAGUUAAAGCAAUUUCAAGCUGAGGCCGAGAAAGCAUUUCCAUAUCCUCUACUGGACAGCAAUAGCUUGAUGGCCAAACUCAAUCUAGCUCCAAGGAUACUUGAAUGCCAGUUUAACAAGUAUCCCUCUGCGGAAUACAGGUGGGAGGAAUGCAACUGGUUCGGACGUGAGUUUAACGAUGAAGGCUUGGGCUACUCAUUUAACACUGGUCCCUUUUGGGAUCGACAUAGCCGUAACGAGUUCAUGGAUCUUUUCUAUAACAUCAUGUUCCCGGAUGAGCGAUUCAAUUGGAGUACGAUCGCACAUCCGGUCAGCAGCGGUCGAGAUUACGGUUUGAAAUUGUCCUUAAGGCUGAGUGACUACCAAGGCUCAACCGAUGGUCAAAGGGGUACAAGUCGUCGAAUCAACUCAUUCAAAAUAGCCGUUCAUGACCCAUCCACCCCUGCCAAUUUUCGGUCCGGAGGGGUUGAAAUCAAGCCCGGGUACCUCUCCUCGUUUCUAAUUACUCCCGUUCAAACCGUGACCACCAAGGCUGCUCUAGCUCUGGAAGCCAGUCAACGAUCCUGUCGGUCGAAGACCGAAAAUCACGGGAUGAAAAUCUUCAAGAUGUAUUCACAGGAGGCUUGUGUCUUGGAAUGUAAGAUCACUUAUGGGUCGACGGAAUGCGGUUGUGUUCCAUGGAACUAUCCGCGAAGGCCGGAGCACAAGACGGUGUGCGAUUUCCAAGGAAGUACAUGCUUUGAGGCCAUCAUGAGAACAACCGACACUGUUGAAGCUUGUGAUUGCCCUUUGGGGUGUGAUCAUAUUAGGUACUCAAUAUCGGUGUCCUCUACCUUAUUGGACAAAGACGAACUGUGUGGAAAGAAGCCCAAGCACACGAUCUUUGGACAUAUGGAUCGAGCUCCACCCAACAAGUUGAAACGGACUUAUUUACGAAGAGUGGAAGGAGACAAAACCGAUACGGAUCAAGUUUGUCGAGACAAUGUGGCCAGUACUGCCAUGGUCCAGUUCCAAAUUACCAAUCAGCAAAUGACCAGAACCAAGCGAGAUGUGCGUGUGACCUUGGCUGAUGCGAUUUCCUCUUUUGGUGGAACAGUGAGCUUGUUCACGGGCAUGAGCAUCCUGAGUGUCCUGGAAAUACUCUUCUGGCUUCUGAGGUUGGUGUCUGGUCACCGUUCCACGACAAACGCUUGACGUGGAAACUCCAAGCUAAGACCCCUCUGCUCCUCCGUCACCGAUUUGUCAUACUUCUUGUGGAAAUGACUCUUUGAUGACGCCAUAAAGAUGACGCAGAGGAAAGCCAGAUCAAUUUAAAACGACUUUAAGCUUUAAUAAUACAUCCAUUUACCUCUGUGAGACCUGAGAAUCCCCCACCUUCGUCAAUGGAAGGGGUCAGACCCACAGGUGUUCUCAUGACUUUACCUUUUUGAGAGAUAAUCUCUAAUUUCUCACACCGUCACUUUCGGGAGAUCCCUACUUUGUAGUAGAUGCAAUGCACUAUGUACGAGUAUGUAGAGCUUCGUCGAAGAACGCCGAAGAGUGAAGCUCUCAUAGAGUUCGUCCUUUUCUCCCCAAUGAAUCCUUCGUUUCCCAGAGUCAUAAUUUCCUUAUUAUAGUCAUUCUUGGCCCCCGAGGCGAUUUGAACCUGGCACAUUAUACUCCAAUAGUUUAUGACGGGAUCAACGAAACUUGGAGGGCCAGGUCACUUCUUCUAUGUAGUACUGAAGAACAACUUCUUCGUCUACAGUACGUAUUUAGUACUCGUGGGUGACAGAUUGCAUGGGAAGGCUGUCAAAAUCCAGGAUCUCCUCAGAUUCCUCCUUUACUUCAAUCAUAAUCUCCUUGAUUGGUGGAAGGGCAGACUUCCCAUUGGUUCUCGAGUCCACCAGACACUAUUUGAAGGAUCCAGCUCACCUGUGUCUAUCUCAAAAGUGUGAGAACCUAAAAAUGUCGUAAAGUAUUCACUCGUUAAGGUAAUUAAAGCGGUCCAGCCUCUCUUUUCAAGCCAGAUUUUGCCCAUCAACUUCCAAUGCUUAUCAAGAACUGCAAGUCAAGGUAAACCACUGAGCGAAAACGCUCUGACCAAGGACGUUCCUUGAGUCUGGUGAUGGGAUUGGGGUCGUCUGGAAUUUUCUCAGUGAGUCUAUGAUAACAAUGGAAGAGAACUGAAUCGCCUAAAUUUUGCUCUCCGUCAAGCUUUUUUGUUUCCCUACCCGAUGACCAUGCACACCCUGAUGUUGAAGAACUGUUACCAAAGUAACCCCGUCUCAACCUGGACAGGUCGACCCCCGGUCACUUUGAAACCGCAACCCAAAGAUAUGGAUCGUUUGAAUCCGAAGCUCUUUAAAUAGUUUUAUUGGUUUGUCUUUCAAGGCGCUCUUUGAACACUCAAUUUAGUUUUCAUAAAAAUAACGAAGAACUGGUGAUAACUCUGGAACCGGUCUUCCGCUCAUCGACCAUUCAUUCCGCAUCAAUACUCGACUAGGUCUAAAAACGGGAUAGCUUUAGAACGUUAGUGAUUUC